GAAUUCUUACAGGCAAAUGUGUUUUUUUCAAUGCCACUAUAAAAAUGUGUCAGAUAAAAGGAUGGUGUCCUGCUGAGAUCGACACCGUCAAGACAACAUCAAUGAUGGAAGUAGAGAAUUUCACCAUUUUCAUUAAGAAUAGCAUCCGCUUCCCAACUUUCAACUAUACAAAAGGGAACUUCCUUCCUACUAUAACAGGCGAAUACAUCAAAAAAUGUAACUUUGACAUGGUCAACAACACCUACUGCCCCAUCUUCAAAGUGGGAGAUGUGGUCCGCCACGCGCAGCAGAACUUCACCAAACUGGCAGAAAAGGGAGGCGUGAUUGGAAUAAAGAUCGGAUGGAUAUGUGAUCUGGACAAAUCAGACGACCAGUGUAACCCCUCAUACUCCUUCACUCGACUGGAUGCCAUGUCACAGAAGAAUGCUGUCUCACCAGGCUACAAUUUCAGGUUUGCCAAGUAUUACAAGAUGGAGAACGGGACAGACUACCGCACUCUCGUGAAAGCCUAUGCUAUUAGGUUUGAUGUCCUGGUCAAUGGAAAUGCAGGGAAGUUCAACAUGAUCCCCACACUCAUCAACAUGGUGGCAGCCUUCACAUCAGUGGGCGUGGGAACGGUGCUGUGUGACAUCAUACUGCUGAACUUCCUGAAAGGAGCCGAGCAGUACAAAGCCAAGAAAUUUGAAGAG